UGUCUGCCAAAUUGACUUUGGUCACACGAGGACGCAAACUGAAAACGGCCGCAUAUAAUUUCGCGCUAGCUCUUCACCCGCUUCCAACUUAUUAAAAAGUAACUUUUCUGAUGGUUUAAGACGAAAAUACCCUAGCCAAUUUCCUCUCAAAUCCUGCUCCUCUACUUUCUUCAUCAUAUCAGUCUGGUGCAUCUAAGGAAACGCCGCCGCCCUCCGGCUAACUGACUUCCUCUAAAUCCUAUUCCUCUACUUUCUUCAUCACAAAUCGCUACAAGUCGACCUGCAUUUCUGGUUGUCGAAUGGGCAAGGCACUUUGUCUUGUUAUCAACCGUUCUGGUAAGGAUAUCAAAUUCACAGAGUGGAGGCUGGGGUACGAGGAGAAAUUGAGUCAGUGGGUACGGAAGGCCGUCGACGAAAAAACAAUUAAGUCAGGGGACCAUUACGCCUUCAGCGCGUCAGAAUUUGCCAAGCAUUGGGAGCGUAUACAGGAGGUGGUGCGAAUGUACCCGGAGUGGACGGUUUCCCUUGAAAGUGAAGAUGUGAAAGGGAUCCGGCUACCAGUCUCUGAACUCAAGGACAACAGAGCCUUCGUCUUCAAAAUGGGAGAAAACAAUGAGUUGGUGAAAUUAACUGUAUCCAGAGAAGAAGCGAAGAGCAGAGGAAUCAAGAAAGGAUUCUUUGGGAGUCUUGAGAAGAUGGAAAGGCAAUUAAUCUCACUUGUGAACGAGCGGAAUAACAUGUGAAGAACUUGGCAAGGCUAUUAGGAGUCAGCACCAAGUUGGAUUUGCUUAUCUACCUUGCAAGUGGUCUGGUAAGUUCAGACCGAUAAAAAUCAAUAUCGCCAAGGCUGUAGUGCAUAUGAACCCUGUCAUUUGGUGAUUAGAGAUUUGUUUUUGGUAUCCAUGUAAAAAUCUUCUGACCAGCUAGUUAGGGCCAGAUGUUCGAUUGAUCAAGAUUUUUCAUUGAUGUGCUAAUUGUGUUGCUGUUCAUAUUCUCUCUAGUUUAGAGCUUCAACUCGUACCCAUCUUGUACAUGCAUUGCAGUGCCUUAAGCAAUUUAUCAUUUUAUCCA